CCUUAACUGAACCACCAGCCUUUCCUUUCAACCAAUUGUUAAAAACCCACUAAUAUUGCACAAUCGAUAGCUCUUGUUCGAUCUACUCCUCAAAUUCCUCAACAAGCUCCCAGGUUCUGGAGGUAUACGUGAUCAAACGAAAGGUUAGAAGGAACGUAGUCGGUUUUCCGAUUCGCAUGUUGUCUCUUCUUUGAAUUAGUGAAAUGGAAAGGGGUAGGGGAUUCAAUGACUUUGAACUAGAACUGGUUCCUCCAGAAAGACCCGUAGACAGAUAUGGUUUUAUAAAGCAGUGUGUUAAUAGCAGUAGCACUAAAGAAGGUUUACCAAGGAGUAGGGAAGCUAGAAAAGUUAGAAAAUGGAGGAAAAUGAUUGGGGUUGGUGGGAGUGAUUGGAAACAUUAUGUAAGAAGAAAGCCGCAUGUCGUCAAAAGGCAUAUAAGGAAAGGUAUUCCUGAUUGUUUAAGGGGUCUUGUUUGGCAGUUGAUCUCUGGAAGCCGAGACCUUUUGCUGAUGAACCCAGGGGUUUAUGAGCAACUUGUAGUUUACGAGACAUCUGCUUCAGAACUAGACAUAAUUCGGGAUAUAUCUCGCACCUUCCCCACACAUGUUUUCUUUCAACAGAGACAUGGACCCGGCCAGAGGUCCCUUUACAAUGUUUUGAAGGCAUACUCUGUCUUCGAUAGAGCUGUCGGCUAUGUCCAGGGAAUGGGUUUUUUAGCAGGCCUCUUGCUUCUUUAUAUGAGCGAAGAGGAUGCAUUCUGGUUAUUGGUUGCCUUUCUAAAAGGAGCUGUUCAUGCUCCUAUGGAAGGCUUAUAUCAGGUUGGGCUGCCUCUCGUACAGCAAUACUUGUUUCAGUUUGAGCACUUGGUGAGGGAGCACUUGCCAAAGCUGGGUGAUCAUUUUAGCCGGGAGAUGAUAAAUCCGAGCAUGUAUGCUAGCCAGUGGUUCAUAACCGUUUUCUCGUACUCUUUCCCGUUUCCUUUGGCUCUUCGAAUUUGGGAUAUAUUUCUAUUUGAGGGCAUCAAGAUUGUCUUUAAAGUCGGAUUGGCCCUUUUGAAAUACUGCCAUGACGAUUUGAUACAUUUAUCCUGUAACACCCCAAUUUAG